AUGAUACACUUGGUAUUGCAUUUGCCUGAAGAAGCGAUAUUGGGUGGCCCGGUCUUUAUGAGAUGGAUGUAUCCUUUUGAAAGGUACAUGAAAAAAUUGAAGAAUUAUGUGGGUAAUAAGGCACGUCCUGAAGGGUCAAUUGCAGAAGGUUAUGUUGCUGAUGAGGCAGUAACCUUUUGUUCAAUGUACUUUAAAGGGUGUGAAACAAGAUUUAAUCGACUUGAUCGAAAUGAAGAUGCACCUUCUGUUUGUCGCUAUCUCUCAGUUUUUAAUUCUCAAUCUCGUCCUUUAACUAGCGGACUUAUCAAGCCUCUUGAUCAUAUCAGUCGUGAAAAAGCUGAGUGGUACAUUCUUCAAAAUUCUCCUGAAAUCCAAGCUUACUUAGAUGAACAUUUGGACAAGAUCAGGCAUGAAUAUCCUAAUGGUAAUCACGAUGUCUUGCAUAGGCAAACUUUCCGUCCGUGGUUUCAUAAGAAGAUAUAUGAGUUGCACAAGCUUGGAACUUUACAAAAUGGUGAUGAGUUACUCGCUCUCGCUUCCGGGUCCGAUUACUUAGCAACAUUUUACGAAGGUUGUGUAGUGAAUGGUGUUCGGUUUAUUGCAUCAAAGCGAGACCAAAAGCGGAAGACACAAAAUAGUGGUGUUACUGUUGCUGGAACUGAAGGGUUUAAUUAUUACGGCACACUUGAAGAUGUAAUCACUAUAUCUUAUACUGGUGCAUAUACAGUGUCAUUGUUUGAAUGUAAAUGGUAUAACACUAAUCCAUUAAGAAAGAAGACAAUCACUGAAAAUAAUAUAACUAGUAUAAAUACUCGUGGACAUUGGUAUCAAGAUGAACCCUACAUCCUUGCUAACCAGGCGAAGCAAGUUUUCUAUCUUGAAGAUCCACUCAGAGGUCGCGAUUGGAAGGUUGUUGAAGAUAUUAGCCAUCGACAAAUUUGGGACAUUACUGACAACGAAGAUGAGACUGAUGUAAAUGUUGUUAGUGAUUCUAACUCUGCCAAUUUUGUGUUGACGGUUGAUCUUGGAGAGUUGAUUAUGCAAUCGAAUGAACCUCCAGUAAUUGUUGAAUCGUCCGAUCAGUUAGUGGAUUCUGAGAUACAGAAUAAUGAACUUGAUGAAAAUUAUGUUGCUGAAGAAGUAGAUGAUUUACUAGUUAACAUGUGGAGGAUGAAAAUGUAA